GUGUGGCUCGCGCCGGUUGUGGAAACGUUGCUACAUCUAGAUGCUUCUGAAUUGCCGUUUGCUGUGUGCCCAGCUUAAAGCUAAGACUUUAUAAUGAUACGCAUAAAGUUUGUAUUAUAAGACUGAAUUACCGUAUGGUUAAAUGUCUAAUAUGGCUAACGAACAGCGUUGUCCCUUUUGUAGUACCUUCUGAUGCUGCGUUUACGGUAGCGGCGGUGUUAUUCGUUUCAUCCGUUAACGUCACUUCACAUAAACCGGGCAAUUUUAAAAAUGCUAAACGAGUAAACACGACUGUAUUUAAUCAUGAAACAACACGGUAUGUAACCAACUAUGACCUACAUCAUGUAUAGUGUCCUUAACGUGAAUGCUCAUCGGUGUAGCGGUGUGGUAACCAAUGGAGACAGGAGACGCCUAAUCAGAUUUAGCUAGGUUAGCUAGCUAGCUAACUACUCUCACAUUUAACCCUAUCAGAAGACAUUCGACAUGGCUGCAAAGCUGAAGGGCAAACCAUCCCAAAGUUUAUUUGGAGAUGACGAUUUGCUCGACAGCUUAUUUGAUGAUGAAAAAUUCCCAGUAAGAGGGAAAGCAACUCGCAGUGGACCACUGAAUCGCACUUCUGCCACUGAUAACAUCUUCAGUAUGCUAGCACAGGAGGUAAAGAGGGAUGGUGGGGACACUGAGGACUCUGAUGUCUCAGCGGCAGAUCCCAACGACAUACUGAAGAACUUGAAGGACAUGGAUGAUAUGGACGCUGACCUCUUUGCAUCAAAGAAAAAGCCCAGUUCAGCUCCUGCACAAACAGAGCCGAAGAAAGACUCUUCCACAUUAGAAAGUAAAGUAAAACCAGAGGGAGCAGAUGAACCCACCACAGGAGGGAGGAAACCCAAUUCUGCACCUUCAUCUACAACGCAGAACUACAGGAAGUUAAUCUUCUCUGAUCCAGACGACCCGCUGGCUGAUCUUGACGACUUGCUUCCAGAUGAAACCAAGCCCGAACCUAAAUCAAACCUACAGCAGUCCAAACCUGAAAAAUCUCCCUCAGCAUCUCCUAUCCUAAAGACUGAAACAUCUAAGGCAGCCAAAAAACGAAGGGAUCUCACAUUUGAUGAUGAUGAUAAGGAUGACCUAAUGGAUGCCCUGGGAUUUGACAGUGAUAAAAGCAGCGCCAGGAAAAAAGACAGCCUGCUUUGGUCCAACAAGGAGAGGAGUGGGACCCCUCAGAGACCUCUCACUGCAGUAGACGGGAUCCUGGAGAGUUUGACUUCACCUCGUCUUCUGGAGCGACCUGCGACGGGCGAGAAGAAGGAGCAGCCUCAGCCUCAAGAGAAGCAGCAAAAAGAAAAGACCCCUACUUUGAAAGAGACACUUUUCGAAGACGACCUCACGUUUGGCUCCUAUCAGCCCACUCUGGGAUCCAUGCUUGAAGGGCGCCUGUCCCGUAGACAGUCAGUCAGAUUUUCUACAGAGGACGUCUCUACGCCAGAGAAGAAACCAAAACCCACCACCCCCACCACCUUACGACACCGCAACUCAGCUGACUGGCUCGGCCUCAAGACAAACGAUGACCUCACCUUUCUAGAGGGCGAUGCCAAAGAGACCAAGACUUCAACAGAGUCUCCAAAGGCUCCUGCCUCUCCUUCAUUAGAGAGAAGACCCUCCCUGACUGGCAGUCAUGCCACAUCUGCUGCAAAAAUGGCAGCUGACACCCCAGCGACGACUGAUAAUAUCACCAAACAAACCAAACCAGAGGUCUCUAAGAGCCAGAAGAAAGAAGAGGAGGAAGAUGAUUGGUUAGCAGGAGUACUGAGCAGGAAGAAGGUGCCAUCAGUGUCAAAGUCUGAGGCAAAAACAUCCAAGCAGGAAGACGCUUUGGGCCUGGGAGAGGAAGUGGAUCUGGAGUCGACUGUUAGUAAACAAGUCACUUCACAAGCUCCCAGGGGCAGAGAGGACACUCUUACAUCUGUCAGAGAAGCUAAUAGUACUUAUCUUGGACAGCCCAGCGCCAGUGCUCUCUCCACUCCUAUCAGAGAGGCAAGGACCGAGCAAGAUUGCCCUCCUCAAGUUACUGCUCCUUUACCGGCCUCUGCUGCUAGCGUUAGCCUCGCCCAACCCCAUCCUCAGUCCCAACCCCAACACCUAUCGUCCAACAAGGGAUCCAGGGUGCCAAGUGGGCCCGUUCAGGCUUCGGAUGAAACCCUGCAACAGCAGCCGCUGCCCAACCCCAUCUCUGCUAUACCUUCUGGCUCAGUGUGGCCUGUUCCACAGCAAAACCAGUUGCAAAAUGCAUCAGCUGCCAUCCAACAACAGGUGACACUUUCAGCAGACAGUCUGCAGCAGCUGCUUCUACAACAGCAAAUGAUGCAGUCUCAGUUGCUGGGUCUUGGGGGUGUUGUGGAUGCAGGGCUCCUGCAGAGACUCAAAGAGAGAGAGCAGCCGCCUGGAGAUUAUCAAGCGUUACAGGCUCGCAUCAUCCAGCUGGAGGGACAGGUGAAGACCCUGCAGCUGGAGCGAGACCAAAGCCAAAUGUUGCUAGAGUGUGUCCAGCAGAGGCAUAAACAGGAUAUGGAACUAAUGGAGAACGCACACAAGACUAGAGUGAAGCUUCUCGAGGAAUCGGCAGCCCAGAGGGAGACACAAACACGGCAGGAGUGUGAAGACCUAAUGGAUCGCCUGGCUGCAGUAACACGAUCGGCUGAGCAGGAACGCUCGGAGCUGCAGGCACAGUACCAGCGCAAACUGGCCCAGGCCCAGCAAGAGAGAGACUGCGAGGUGGAAAGACUCAAGGACCUGCAGAGGAAAUCUAUCUUGGAGAUGAAGAAAGACCACGAGGAUCAUGUCCAGAGACUAAAGAAAUUAAAGGAGGAGGAGAUUGAUGCAGUUACGAGCGCAACAUCUCAGACCAGAUCUCUUAAAGUGGUGAUUGAGCAGAUGGAGCAGUUCUCCUCUCGGCUGGGUGAUCUGUCUUCUCGGGUGGAGAGCACACACGAACACACGGCUCAUGGCCUGGAGGAGGGGGCACGGCACAGGGACGAGCAGCUUCGAAUGGUGCAGGACUGUCUGGCCCAGCAGCAGAAGGCGAUGGCGGAGGAGAGAGUGUACCUCAAGGAAGUCAUUUCCAGGAUGGACACUCAGCUCAGUGAGCAGCAGAGACAGCUUGAGAAGGAACAAGGCGACCUAAAACUUCACAAUGCAGAGCUGAAACAAAAGGAGAUGGCUUUGGCACAAGAGAAAGAAACUCUGGACAGACUGAAAGAAGAAGUGAACAGAGAGAAAGAGAAAAUAAGCAGCACAGCGUUGAGACUCAAGACACAAGCCCAGGAGGUGGAGGCCUUUAGCAAGCUUGCUGCGGAGAAGUUCGAGGAAGGCGAACGAGCGCUGCAGGAGGCGAAACGUGUGGAGGCUGAGCACGAGGCAAGGCUCAGAAAUAUCCAUACCCAGGCAGAGCGGCUGAGGCAGCAAGAGCAGCGAAUCCUUCAGGAGCGAAUGCGGUUAAAUCAUCUGCAGGAGGACACAGAGAGGCUGAGACAAGUCGCUCCAGUUACGUCUUUAACACAAAUGAUUCCACCUGUUUUACCAGACGCAGGUUCAGUGUUGCAAAACCCGGAGCUGCAAUCAACCCUGAAUGUUCCUCCUCCAACGACAACUUCAUGUGCCAACUCUAAAUCCAUGGCUCUUCAAGCUAGUCUGGCUCUGUGGAGGUACACUUCAGAAAAGGACCAGGAAUUCCUCGCAGAGGAGCAGAUCUUCUUGGAGAAUUUGAAGAAGAAAUCUUACAGAUCCACCUUCAAAACAGAUUGACCAACACAUGCUGGGUGCUCCCAGUAAGAUUUAGGUUACUUUUCAUGUGUAG